AUGCGCACGGUCUGUAUUACAUACUUAUUGUGCAGGAAACUCGAAUCGCAGAUCUUGAGGUCGCACCAGCGUCUCGCGCAGCCAAUCGGGACGUCAGCACGAGUUCGCCUGGAGAAUGAUUUGAAUAAACUGGAGGCACGUAACGCCGCGCUAGCAAACGAUCUUAAGGACAUACAGCAACGCAUCGAUGAAAGACGUCAAGAGCAAGAAACGAAUCAGGAGGCGAGUGGGACAGGGAGGAUGCUCAAUGAGUCUCGCAGGGAUUAUCUCAUCCGAACCGGAAAGAUUACACCUUUCUCGCGAAUGGGAGCCGGCCCAAAUACAGGCCCGCUGGCUAGUCUUCAGGAUGCACUAAUCGACGCGGAAGAUGAAAGGGACGAAGCGGAGGCCUUGGAGCAAGUAAAAGCCAGAUCCGCCGUCUCUCAUCGUAACCUAAUCCGCCCCGGAUUCGACUUUGAUGAAGCCACUGAAUCCAGUGUUGCGGAAGAGCCUGUUGAACGCCCUGGGAAACGAAGAAAGCUAGAAAAAGUCACACGGCCGGUCAAAACAGAGGGUGUGGAUUUAGACAUGGAGGAUAUUUCUGAUGGUCGGGUAUCCGAAGACCAAGAUGACUCUGCGAGUUACGUUGACCAAGGAGAGCAAGAAUCAUCCUCGGAGGAUGACUAUAAUUUUGUAACCGAAGAAAAUGCACCGGUGACUUCAAAGAAAGCAAAGGAUGCUGAUGGUGUGGAAGAUUUCAGCGGACUCGACGACGGCAACGAAAAGGUCUAUCAAACUCGGCUUCAAAGUUGGGUUCGGCGGAGAAGUGCGGCUCGAAAACGUGCUCGAAAACUACAUGCCAACGAGGACCCUGAGAUAGUUGACGCUGAGGCUUCGGACGAGGAAGAGUGGUUCAUGCCACAUCCGACCGAGGCAGACCUGCCUCUGGACAAUGGAUACCGAGUUCCAGGGGACAUUCAUCCUCUCCUGUUUGACUAUCAAAAGACCGGAGUGCAGUGGAUGUGGGAGUUGCAUCAGCAACAGGUAGGCGGUAUUAUCGGCGAUGAGAUGGGUCUGGGAAAGACAAUCCAAGCCAUUGCUUUUCUAGCGGGGCUUCAUUACAGCAAACAACUAACGAAGCCCAUCGUUGUCGUCUGUCCCGCUACAGUUAUGAAGCAAUGGGUCAAGGAGUUUCACCGCUGGUGGCCUCCAUUCCGCGUAUCUAUCCUACACACGUCUGGCAGUGGUAUGGUCAACAUCAAGAACGAGAGUAGUCGUGAGGAUGCCCUCAUAGCUGGAAGCUAUAGGUCCGGCAGCUCUAGUGCUGGCACGAGGGCGGCGAGAAAGGUCGUUAAAAGGGUUGUCGAAGAAGGGCAUGUGCUGGUCACCACGUACUCGGGCCUUCAGAGUUACGCCUCUCUCUUGAUACCAGUCGAAUGGGGUGGUGCGGUUCUGGACGAGGGUCAUAAGAUCCGCAACCCCAACACCUCAAUCACUAUCCACUGCAAAGAGUUACGGACUCCGCACCGGAUCAUUCUUUCAGGCACGCCAAUGCAGAACAAUCUCACUGAACUCUGGUCGUUAUUCGACUUUGUCUUUCCCAUGCGUCUCGGCACACUGGUCAAUUUCCGCAAUCAGUUUGAUUUCCCAAUCAGGCAAGGCGGUUAUGCAAAUGCGUCGAACCUGCAGGUGCAGACCGCGGCCAAAUGUGCAGAAACUCUCAAGGACGCCAUCAGUCCUUACCUUUUGCAGCGGUUCAAGAUCGACGUGGCAGCAGACCUACCCAAGAAGAGCGAGCAGGUCUUGUUCUGUAAGCUGACGAAGCCGCAGAGGCAGGCAUACAUGGCAUUCUUGGGCUCAGAGGAAAUGCAGUCAAUCCUACGGGGACGACGACAAGUACUGUAUGGAGUCGAUAUCCUACGCAAAAUUUGCAACCACCCAGAUUUGCAGAACCAUAAGUUGUUACAUACCCAGGCAAACUAUGGGAAUGCAACAAAGUCUGGAAAGAUGCAAGUGGUCAAAUCGCUGCUUGAACUGUGGAAGGAUACCGGCCACAAGACUUUGCUAUUCGCACAGCAUCGGAUCAUGCUCGACAUAUUGGAGAAAUUCGUCAGGUCACUGUCUGGGUUCAAUUACCGCCGCAUGGAUGGCACUACACCCAUCCAACACCGACAGACUCUAGUUGACGAAUUUAACAAUGACCCAAAUUUACACGUCUUUCUACUCACGACCAAGGUUGGCGGAUUGGGCGUCAACCUUACUGGUGCGGAUCGCGUAAUCAUUUACGAUCCAGACUGGAAUCCCUCGACCGACGUGCAAGCUCGAGAGCGUGCAUGGAGACUGGGUCAGAAACGAGAUGUCACCAUUUACCGACUGAUGACUGCCGGGACGAUUGAGGAGAAGAUAUACCACCGUCAAAUCUUCAAACAGUUUCUUACAAACAAAAUUUUAAAAGACCCGAAACAGCGGCAGACUUCUCAACUCAGCGACUUGCACGAUCUCUUCACCCUGGGAGAGGAAGGCCAGGGUCCUACAGAGACCAGCAAGAUUUUCAAAGAAGCUGAAGUCACUUAUGAAACAGACGGCAACGAGGCAAAGACAGACGACCACCAGCGCAAUGUACAAGCAGAGAACCAAGAUAUCAGCAAAGUGACAGGCGUAGCUUCCAUUGAGCAGUUUGAAGGCGAAACCGAGCAACAAGCCAAACAAGAGCAAGGCGAGGCCGGUACAAACUCGGAAUCACGGAUCAUGGAAGGCAUAUUCGCCCGCUCAGGCGUCCAUUCGGCUCUAGAGCAUGACCAAAUCGUCGGCGGCAAACGCGUUGUCCGAGCAGACCCCAAGAUAAUCGAAGCAGAAGCCAAGCGUGUAGCCGCCGAGGCCGCCGAAGAACUCCGUCGGGCAGGCGAAGCAGCGAGAUCCGUCCCGAUUGGAACGCCGACAUGGACAGGUCAAUUCGGGGUCGCGGGGAGACCGGAAGAAUCUCCCAUGCGAGGGCCAUUCGCCGGACGCAGCAGCGCUGCCCGACGGGCAUUAGGUGGGCCGUCUUCAGCAAGUAUCUUGGCGAAUCUCUCUUCGCGCACGCCCACCUCUCGGAGUCGAAGCGCUACCAGUAGCCCUGCUCCAGCAAGUAACCCGAGUGGGAAGGACUUCAUCACGAUGAUUCGAGAUUUCAUCACCUCUCAUGGCGGGGCGGUGUAUACGCAGAACUUGAUCGAUCACUUUAACCACUACUGUACGACGCCGCAGAGGUCGGCUGAGUUCAAGGAGAUGCUGAAGCAGAUUGCUGUUCUGGAAAAGGGCGGUCGAAAUGGCCGGGGAAAGUGGUCGCUCAAGCCUGAAUACGUCAGCAGGCGAUGA